GAGGCAGAGGAUCACACCAAUCCUCUUGCUCAACAAAAUCGGAUUCAUCCCUGCUCAACACUAUGGCCACAUUCAUGGAAACAAGAAUACUUGCCAAUGCCAUGUUUCUUGUCCUCUGUGUUUUUGUCAUCUCAGAUGCAAGCAUUGCAGAAAACCAAGAAGGCAGAAACCUAGACUACCAAGAAGACGAAUCCUUCUUUCCACCUCUCACGGUAGCCACGGAGAGAGACAACACUCAAGGGAAUAUUCCUAUCGUGAAUCCAACAACACCAGGUACGACUCCAAUCAUUACCCCAACCAGCCCAUCCCCACCACUCACCGCCGGAGGAAUAGGACCGAUUCCGACCACUCCGACAGGACCGACCCCGAUUUUUCCGGUAGGACCAACUCCGACCGUUCCGACAGGACCGACUCCGACUUUCCCGGUUGGAUCGACCCCGACCGGUCCGACAGGUCCGAUGCCAAGUGCUCCGACGGGGCUAACGCCGACCGCUCCGGCAACGUCCGGCGGCUCUACAACAUCCGGUGGUUCGUGGUGCAUUGCCAAUCCCUCUGCUUCCCAGACUGCUCUACAGGUAGCUCUGGACUACGCUUGUGGGUAUGGUGGAACAGAUUGUUCAGCACUUCAACAGGGUGGGAGUUGCUAUGACCCAAACACAGUUCAUGACCACGCCUCUUACGCCUUCAACAACUACUACCAGAAAAACCCAGCUCCUACCAGCUGUGUUUUUGGAGGAGCAGCACAGCUCACAAAUACUGAUCCAAGUCAUGGGAGCUGCAGAUUUGCAUCGUCGUCCAGCACUCCAACAACACCACCAACACCAACUGGGGCGACCCCUACAAUUCCAAUGACACCAAUGACGCCAACAGUUCCUAUGACACCACCCAGCACAACUAUGCCGGGAGGAAAUGGUGGUUUAGACCCAACAGGAGGCAAUGAUUAUGGUUCUGAACCAACGGGAACCCCCAGUCCAGCAGGAACCUUAUCAGCCAACCUAGUGCUGUUCAUCUCCACGAACUGUCUCAUGUUAUUAAUCACAGUAGCCAACCAUUUCUAGACAAGCUGAGAUCAAAUUGGUUACCAUCUCCCAUAUGAGAUGGCAAUCACUUGGAAGCUUCAAAGAUAUACAAAAUUUUGGGGCGGAGGGGAAUUACGUUAUACAAAUCUCAAGGUCUUAGCCUCAUGGUUAUUAGUUCUAUGCUCUCAGAUAGAGUAGGAAGCAAAGAGGGGUAGAAACCAUGUCGCUCGAGUCCUAGAUAGUUAGCUAUAUUUCUACAGUUAAUAACCUUUCUAUACAAAGAAUACAUGCUUUAGGUUAGUUUUAGUGAAACCAUGUGUAAUACAUUCAGAUCCUACGAGUGACCAGGGAGGAUUAAUAAUCUAUAUUCAUCAAUAGCUCUUUUUAUGCUGACA